UUACUUUACCACCCGUAAAAUUCGCCCCCAAUCGAGACCGUGAGAAAAUAUGGCGGUUGGUAAAGGGCUGCUGCAGCUGGACUUAUACGAGUUAUUGGGAGUUGAUGAGAAAGCGGUGGAUAAAGAGAUUAAGAAAGCCUACAGACAAAAGGCAUUGACUUGCCAUCCAGAUAAAAAUCCAGAUAAUCCCAAAGCAGCUGAGCUCUUUCAUCAGCUGUCUCUGGCGUUGGCAGUUUUAACAGAUGCAGCUGCCAGGGCAGCAUAUGAUAAAGUGAGAAAAGCCAAAAAACAGGCAGCAGAAAGAACUCAGAAACUUGAUGAAAGGAGGAAAAAAGUCAAGCUUGACCUCGAAGCCCGGGAAAGACAAGCCCAGGCUGAGGUUAAUGAGAAGGAGAUACGGAUAACCAGGACAUUGGAAGAAGAGAUCCUAUGGCUUCGUGAAGAGGGAUCCCGCCAACUGGAGAAGCAGCAAAGACUCGUCCAGGAGCAAAUUCAACGUAAGAGGGAACAGAGAAUACAAGGCAAACAAGAUCGUUAUAGGGAAGGCAAAGGAACCCCCAAGCUCAAACUACGAUGGAAGUGCAAGAAAGAAGAUGAGAUAAAAGGAGGCUAUUCAAAAGAAGUUCUCCUGCAAAUCCUACAAAAGUAUGGUGAGGUUUUGAAUUUAGUCAUCUCAAGCAAGAAGACUGGAAGUGCAGUUGUUGAGUUUGCCACAGUGAAAGCUGCGGAGAUGGCAGUAAAGAAUGAAGUUGGCCUGAUAAGCAAUCCUCUAAAGAUCUCCUGGCUAGAGGGCCAGCCACAGAACAGCACAGUGUUUUCUGAUGGCUCCAUCCAGCCACGAAUAACCAAGGGUUCUGUGGUUUCUGAGCAAGAUUACGAAAGUCUUGUGAUGAUGCAAAUGCGCCAAGCAAUUGAGAGACAGAAACUGAUUGAGCAAUUGAAACAACAAGAUGAAUAGUCUUGAAUAUAGUAUAAGGAAGAACAGGAUUCUCUUAUAUUGUCACAUACUGCUUAAAUUAAAUCAAUAAAUACCCUUUUGGAAAAAAAAGAUUGGACCCUAGUCUGUCUUAAAGCUGUAGUUCUUGUUUGCCCCAUUUGUAGAACUGGGGCUGUUUCUGACAUGUGUACAAUAGUUGCAUGCUAGCGGAGCCGUUUGCUGUGGUUUUCAUGUGUUUAAACCAGAUAUGGACUGUUGAUCACACUCCUGCACUUUCUCUCUCCUCUCACAUAGUGAUAUUGCAAACAAAACCCUACAACUAACUAACAUUACUGGGGCUAGUUUCAGAGUCCUAGUUACUAAACCCAGUUAAUUCAGGCAUUGCAUUCAGACACUGUGAUUAGUUAAAAACUGCCAUUUUCAACCAUGGAGUGCUGUGCAAGGGGAGGAAGAGAGCAGUGUGAGCUCUGUUAACUGAGUGGCGCCCCCUUCCCCGCCUUGUUUUUCUGCAUUUACCAUCCAUGCACUUUACCAACUUUAUUAUUCAACUUUAUUAUUCUCUUAGAGAGGAGCCUGGCACCUCUCCCUUUCUUGUUGGGGUGAUCUUAAUGAAUUAGCUGUUAGGAUACUUGUUAUUGUUAUAUUGACCGCUGUUUUAAAUGGAUUUUAAAGGACUUAGUAUUGUAUUGUCUGUACUGACUUUUAAUUGACUGUGUAUCUAUGGAUGCUGUACACCGCCCAGAGCCCCUAGGGGAUGGGGCGGUUUAAAAAUCGAAUGAAUGAAUGAAUAAAUAAAUAAAUAACUGGA